AUGGUCAACUUCACUGUCGAACAGAUCCGUGGGUUGAUGGACAAGGUUACGAACGUCCGUAACAUGUCCGUCAUUGCUCACGUCGAUCACGGAAAGUCAACUCUGACCGACUCCCUCGUUCAACGAGCUGGUAUUAUUUCUGCCGCAAAGGCCGGUGAGCAGCGUUUCACAGAUACUCGUCAGGACGAGCAGGAUCGUUGCAUUACCAUCAAGUCCACAGCUAUUUCCCUCUAUGCUGAGCUUGGUGAGGAUGAUGUCAAGGACAUUACUCAGAAGACCGAUGGAAACAACUUUUUGAUCAACUUGAUUGAUUCACCUGGUCACGUCGAUUUCUCUUCCGAAGUUACCGCGGCACUCCGUGUUACCGAUGGUGCUCUUGUCGUCGUCGAUUGUGUUGAAGGUGUUUGCGUCCAAACGGAGACUGUCUUGCGUCAGGCUCUUUCCGAACGUAUCAAGCCCGUCUGUAUCAUCAACAAGGUCGACCGUGCUCUUUUGGAGUUGCAGGUUUCAAAGGAGGACUUGUACCAGUCCUUCUCCCGUACCGUGGAGUCCGUCAACGUCAUCAUCGCCACAUACUUCGACAAGACCCUUGGUGAUGUUCAGGUCUACCCCUACAAGGGUACUGUUGCUUUCGGUUCCGGUCUUCACGGAUGGGCUUUCACUGUCCGUCAAUUCGCUGGACGUUACGCCAAGAAGUUCGGUGUUGACAAGGUCAAGAUGAUGGAGCGUCUCUGGGGUGACAACUUCUUCAACCCCAAGACCAAGAAGUGGACCAAGGUCGAGAACUACGAGGGCAAGCCUUUGGAGCGUGCUUUCAACCAGUUCAUCCUGGACCCUAUCUUCAAGAUCUUCGCUGCUGUCAUGAACUUCAAGAAGGAUGAGAUUCCGGUCUUGCUCUCGAAGCUUGAGAUUACUCUUAAGGCUGAGGAGAAGGACCUUGAAGGAAAGGCGCUCCUCAAGAUUGUCAUGAGGAAGUUCUUGCCCGCUGCCGAUGCUCUUAUGGAGAUGAUCGUCAUGCACCUUCCUUCCCCCGUUACUGCCCAGAAGUACCGUGCCGAGACGUUGUACGAGGGACCCUCUGAUGACGAUUGUUGCAUUGGUAUCCGUGACUGUGACCCCAAGGCUCCUCUGAUGUUGUACGUCUCCAAGAUGGUGCCGACCUCUGAUAAGGGUCGUUUCUACGCUUUCGGACGUGUCUUCUCCGGUACCGUCAAGUCUGGUCUUAAGGUCCGCAUUCAGGGACCUAACUACACCCCUGGAAAGAAGGAGGACUUGUUCAUCAAGGCUAUCCAGCGUACCAUUCUUAUGAUGGGUCGUUACAUCGAGCCCAUUGAGGAUGUCCCUGCCGGUAACAUCUGCGGUCUAGUUGGUGUUGAUCAGUUCUUGCUCAAGUCUGGUACCCUCACUACCUCUGAGACUGCCCACAACUUGAAGGUCAUGAAGUUCUCAGUCUCCCCUGUCGUCCAGGUAGCUGUCGAGGUCAAGAACGCCAACGACUUGCCCAAGUUGGUCGAAGGUCUUAAGCGUCUUUCCAAGUCCGACCCUUGUGUCUUGACUUACAUCUCCGAAUCUGGUGAGCACAUCGUUGCUGGUGCCGGUGAGUUGCACUUGGAGAUUUGCUUGAAGGAUCUUGAGGAGGACCACGCCGGUAUCCCAUUGAAGAUCUCACCCCCCGUCGUCUCUUACCGUGAGACUGUUGCUGGUGACUCAAGCAUCACUGCCUUGUCCAAGUCUCCCAACAAGCACAACCGUCUCUAUGUCACCGCCACCCCCCUCAGUGACGAGGUUUCUAAGGACAUCGAGUCCGGAAAGAUCGGUCCCCGUGACGAUUUCAAGGCUCGUGCCCGUAUCCUCGCUGAUGAGCACGGCUGGGAUGUCACCGACGCCCGUAAGAUUUGGUGUUUCGGUCCUGACACCUCUGGUGCCAACUUGUUGGUUGACCAGACCAAGGCUGUCCAGUACUUGAACGAAAUCAAGGAUUCCGUUGUUUCCGGUUUCCAGUGGGCCACCCGUGAGGGACCCAUUGCUGAGGAGCCCAUGCGCAGCAUCCGUUUCAACAUCAUGGAUGUUACCCUCCACGCUGAUGCUAUUCACCGUGGUGGUGGACAGAUCAUCCCUACUGCCCGUCGUGUGCUCUACGCCGCAACCCUUCUUGCCAACCCUGGUCUUUUGGAGCCUAUCUACCUUGUCGAGAUCCAGGUUCCUGAGCAGGCUAUGGGUGGUAUCUACGGUGUCUUGACCAGGAGAAGAGGACACGUCUUCUCUGAGGAGCAGCGUCCCGGAACUCCUUUGUUCAACGUUAAGGCUUACCUUCCCGUCAACGAGUCUUUCGGUUUCACUGCCGAUCUCCGUUCCCACACUGGUGGACAGGCCUUCCCCCAGUCCGUCUUUGACCACUGGACCGUUCUUCCUGGUGGUUCUGUUCUUGACGGGACUUCCAAACCCGGUCAGAUUGUCCAGGAGAUGAGGAAGCGUAAGGGUAUCAAGGUUGAGGUUCCAGGUGUUGAGAACUACUACGACAAACUUUAA